AUGGCUCGUGAUAUGUCUGAUAAGGAAAUCCUGCAAAUGGAGCUGGAUCAGCUAAAGAUUGAAGUUAGCACAACACGCACAGCUGUGUCAGUAAAUUGCAAGGAGACAAUGGAAUGGGUGGAGGCCCAAACAGAGGGCGACCCACUCAUAAAGGGCGUGUCAGAUGACAAGAACCCCUACAAGGUUGACAAGGGCGGCUGCAUUAUAACCUAG